AUGCUCUGGCUGGGGGAAGACGAGGCGGAAGCGAUACUGGCCUUCCGAGGGCCAGGUAACACAGCCUAUGGCAGCCCAGUGGUCACGUGGGCCAUGAGUUCCGGACAUCCGGGCGUGGGGGUGAGUUUGGAUGGAUUGCGGUAUUCGAGUUGGUGGAAAAGAGAACCCGUUGUCGAGCACGCCAGCGUGUUGGGGGUCCCCGAGGAACUGCUGGCUGUGUUCCAGGAGGCCGCCGCGAAAGGUAAGGCCGAAUCGUUCCUGACAGGCGUCCUAUAUCUCUCGACGGUAGUUGAGUAUGCUGAGAUGUUCUUCCGGAGGUUGGAGCUACAGGUUGAUGGAGAACUGUAUACGGACUUUGGCAUCGGCGCAAUGGCGCUCCACUUCAGUGAUAUCGUCAGCGGUGAAGCCUUGGAAGAGGUAUUUGUCACGUUCCCAGUAACGUUGCAUGGUGCGGAACAUGAUCGGCUGGCCAUCGUCGUGUAG